CAACAUAAUUUCUAUAACCAUGAAAACCACAACAGCUUCGGUGUUUCUUCUUUUCAUCAUCUUCUCAGUCACACUAUCAUCAUUUUUGUUUGGUGUAGCCAACGCUACAAACGAACCAGUGCUCGACAUUGAUGGCAACGAGGUUCAAACUGGCACCCCAUACUACGUUGUGUCGUCGAUACGGGGUGCUGGUGGUGGGGGGCUUGCCCUAGGUAGGCCUAGCGGAAACCCAUGCCCUGAAGUCGUUACUCAAAGAAAAUCCAGUGUCGACAAUGGUAUUCCGGUGAUAUUUUCUAAUUCAGACUCCAAUGAUCGCGUUGUUCGCCUAUCCUCUGACAUAAACAUAGAGUUCAUUCGCCUCAGACCCAACAUUUGCCGAACAACAACGGUGUGGAAGGUCGAUGAUUACGACCAUUCAGCCGGAAAAUGGUGGGUGGUAACUAAUGGGGUUAAAGGGAACCCGGGUGCCAACACUUUGACCAGUUGGUUUAGAAUAGAGAUGGAGCGUAGUCCUUUUUACACAUUUAAGUACUGUCCCGCAGUAUGUGGAACAUGCCCAGCUUUAUGCAACGAAAUUGGGAAAUACACAGAUGGAGAAAUGGUGCGUUUUGCUCUCUCCACUGGCCCUGGAUGGUCAUUUUACUUUAAGAAAGUUAAAAAAUCAGCCACGAAGAUUCAACAAGUUGUUCAUAUUUAGAUUGAAAGCAAUCCUUCUGCAUGAAGUAGUAGUUACUAUAUAAUAUUAGCUUCAAGUAAAUAAUGCUGAGAGAACUGAUUGUUAAGAUUGCCUUGUUUGAAGCAGCAGCAUGUAUAUAUACAUGCUUACUUACAAGGUUUGUCUCUCAGAGUCCUUCUCUUUGUACUCUUUUCAGCUUAAUGAAUAAACUGUUUACUUAUUUA